CUCGCAUAAAGAUGUUGACGCCGGCGGUGCUAAUUGGCAUCGCUGCAGGCGCCAUGGUGUUCAUAGGCUCGCUGGUGGCAGUUUUCUUGCUGCUUCGCCACGGAGGUUCAUUUGACCGCAUGAAACAGGAGGCGGUGGGGCUACCGGCCACGCUGGGCGAGCAAAAGCCACUGUUGUACGAUUACCUACUGGUCAAGGCGAAGACGCUGGGGCUACGUCCGCCGUCGCUUGGGUCCGACAAGGUGCUGGAGGGGAAACGAGUAUGCAUUAGGGACUUUGUAGCCUCCAGUGAUGCCGCUGGUCUCUUCGCCGUUUCGUGUGGGGAUCCAAACGGUGGCAUCUUCCAAAAGUUGUCCUUCGACGCUGACGAAAUGAUAUGGCGGUAUCUCCCCCAUGGACCCUUCGCGUCGGUAGAUGAGUUCAAGAAAGUUUACCUUACCGAGGAGACUGACGCUCAUCACUUUGUGCUGACGGAGCGUGAGACCAAGCUACUUAUUGGCAUGGUGACGCUGGGGGGACAUUCUCCACGGAACCUCCGCAUCAAAUUAAUGAACUUGUGGCUCGCUCCGGCGUUUCAGGGCUCAUCAGCACUGACCGAGAUUGUGCUGCUGCUGUUAAAAUAUCUAUUCGAUAUCGGGUACCGUCGAGUGGAGUGGCGAUGCGAUGGACAUAACGUACGGGCGAGACGAGCUGCACACUCAUUGGGCUUCACCUUUGAAGGCGUGAUGCGGAAGCAUCGCAUCGUCAAAGACUGUAAUCGGGACACAGUCGUCUUUGCUGCUAUCAACAGCGACUGGGUGGUCAUGGAGGAACACUUGCAACAUAAACUUCAUCAAGCUUUGCAGAAGGAGGAAUCAAGCGCACCAGCUGAAGGAGAUACCGGUAAGAAAGCACAGUGA